AUGGCUGUUGUUACCGGAAAUUUCCAUGUGGACUAUGUGAUCACCAUCGCUGUCACCUAUCUUGUCACCCUCACUCACAUGGGUAUCGAUUUGGCCCAAAAACUCUACAUUUUUUAUCCAGAUGUCACUAUUGCUCUUGCUGCUAUUGUUGGUGUGAUCGGUCUCAUUUACUUUAUUAGAAACAUUGUAUCCAUAGUUUAUGGUUUAUUCAUCACACUGGUCAGAUUGGUGAUUAUAUUGACAAUUGUAUCUAUUGGUUCCUGGGUCUACUUUAGAGGUUUUGAAAACUUUCAAGGUGACUUCAAAAGAGUUGUUGAUUUUGUGGCCCAUUACGACCAGCAUUCUCUUGAAGAAGUCAAAGAGUAUGCAUCCAGUGUCAAAGACCACUCCCACACAUUGAAACAAUAUGUCAAUUUAUAA